CCAAACGACGCCUCAGUUGAAAACCGGACGCGUGACUUGAACCAGCGUCGCGGCGCUAACGUUUAUCGCGAAACGUGCUACGCGUAUCUGAGUUUAAAUAUUUCACAUCAUCCAAAAUUGAUUGUCAAUUGACAUCAGCUGUCAUUCAGAUUAACUUGGUUUUGUCGAGAGAAAAAUACCCUAAGAAUAAUAAUAUUUGUAAAUUGACAUAGCUGCACAUUCAUCAACAAGAAUAGAGGUUGUUCAAAGUAUAAUUCUGUGAAUCAACAUAACUGUACUUUUCAAAGUAUAAUUUUGUGAAUUGACAUAACUGUACUCAAAAUUGUUAUCCUUUGACUUAUUAUAGUUUUAUAAAUAACAUCUGAAAAUCCAGUUUAUGAAUAAUUUUUCAUAUAAGUUUCACCUUAUUCUAUUCAAUUUUGAAAAAGCGUCGUGAACUCCUUUCUGUUUUGAGUUGAGUCGGUUGUUUGUGUUUGACUAUCAGUUUGGAUAGAAUAGAACCGUUGCUCCAUUAAUCGUCCCAUUUUAUUAAUUGCUCAUAUAUUUAUAAAUAAGAAUAAUUGAUUGAAGCUGUGAAUGUUCUGAGUGCGUUAGAGUUAGUUGUUUGUGUGCGGUUAUCAGUUUGGAUUAUUGCUGUCUGGAUAAACGAUGAAAUAGACAUUAGCUUAUCAAGAAUUGUCGGUGGAGUGUGAUGCAGUGGUGUGAUUGGUGGAUGUGGGGGGAGGUGGGCGAUGCUUCCUCGUGAUCAAGGUGGGGAGGGGCAAUGACCUUGACCUUGCUGUUGGUCUGCACUCUGCUGCUGCUGCUAUUGGCUGCUGGCCCCGCCAAUGCCAACUGGCACCGCCAUGCCAGGCCACCUCAGCCGGAGGCACGCUGUCAAUACGAGCAGACCAGGCUGCCAGAACUGGUCGAUACCAGGCAGAGCGAGCUGCUCGACAGGAGCAAGGAGGUACGAGCGGCGGUUAUCCUGCCAGCGGAUUGGCGCAAAUACGACCUGUCGCUGGCAAAAGUGAUGGCGGCGCUUGAGGUAGGGGUGGCGGCGGUGCACCAAAAGGGUUUGCUGGCCGGGGGGCAUCACUUCCGCUUCAUCCCGGGUGACGACCGCUGUGAGGCCGAGCAUGCGCAGCACCGCGCCGUAAAGGCCUAUGCAAAAGACCGCGUGCACGUCUUCUUCGGACCCGCUUGCGAGUACAGUGUGGCACCUGUUGCUCGGAUGAUAAAAUUCUGGGGCACACCGUUGCUGACCACUGGAGCAAUGACGUUUGACUUCUCCGGCAACAAAACAGACUGCGAGGGUGAAUACCAUCUCAUGGUCAGAGUCGGCCUUCUCAGCUUCAGAGACAUGGCCAUGUUCCUCAUCGCACUUCUAGACGAGUACAAGUGGACGAAAGUGAUGCUAAUGUAUGAGAAAGACGGUUGUGAACACGUUUCCGGCAAGCACACGUGCAAACUGAUGAUGGGUUCCCUGGUGGAGUACCUCGACAGGGACAAGUUCACCUUCCGCUACUACAACUUCGAGAACAGCUCCAAGGAAGCCAUCCACGAGGAUCUGCGCAGGGAAAUCGGAUAUCAGUUUUCUAUUGUCGUGCUGUGUGCCAAUCCUCUGACGGUUCGAGAAAUCAUGCUCGCCGCUGAAGAGCUCAAGAUGAUUGACAGCGGAGAAUAUGUGUUCUUCAACAUUGAACUCUUUGAUACCGGAAAUUCGGCGACUCCGUGGAAUGUGAAGAACGACACGGUGGAGCGCAACGAGAGAGCCAAGAAAGCGUACACAGCGCUCCUAACAAUCACGUCGAGAACCCCUACAAAUGAGGCCUACUUGAACUUCUCGUUAGAAGUGAAGCGUUUAGCAGAGGAGAAGUACAACCUGACGUUUGGCAACGAGUCGGUGUCUACGUUUGUGACUGCGUUCUAUGAUGCGGUUCUGCUCUACUCACUGGCGCUCAACGAAACUCUGCGUCUCGGCGGAACGCAGGCUGACGGUCAGCUCAUCACGCAGCGCAUGUGGAAUAGAACCAUUCCAGGAAUUACUGGUGAUGUCAACAUCGAUGCAAAUGGCGAUAGAGUUGCUGAUUACUCUCUUCUCGACAUGGACCCAGUAACAUCUGAAUUCAGAAUAGUCGCGAACUACAUAGGAGUGAAGCAUGCUCUGGAAUACGUGCCACAUACAAGCAUACAUUGGGCGGGGGGGAGACUGGACCCACCACCAGAUACACCCCACUGUGGCUUCGAUGGAUCUUUGUGCAGACAGAUGACUGGCUAUGCAAUACUUAGUAUUGUCCUGAGCUCAAUAGUCGUUGCCCUGGCUGUGGGUUUAUUGUUCAUCUACAGGCACUACAAGCUAGAGGCGGAAAUUGCUUCUAUGACAUGGCGGAUAUACUAUCGUGAAAUCGUCAAAGUACCAUCUGAGAAGUUGAGAGGUAGUGUUUACAGUCUUGUGAGGCGUACAAGUCAAGCGACGGUGUUUUCGGAAGAUGGCAUGAGUGUUUGUGACACGGGAAGACAGCAGUUUGUACCUACAGCAUUCUAUAAGGGAAACAAAGUGGCAAUCAAGGCUCUAGACAAGUCGAGGAUAGACUUGACAAGGCCUCUCUUAUUGGAACUGAAAAGGAUGAAAGAUCUCCAUCACGAUCAUUUGGUACGAUUCUAUGGAGCAUGCAUAGAUCCACCGGACUGCUGUCUAGUCACUGAGUACUGUCCCAAAGGAAGUCUACAGGACAUCCUAGAGAAUGAACAGAUCAAGUUGGACUGGAUGUUCAGAUACAGUCUCAUGCACGACAUUGUCAAGGGUAUGUGCUUCCUUCAUAGUAGCGAUAUUAGAUCGCACGGCUCCCUGAAAUCGUCCAACUGCGUUGUUGACUCGCGAUUUGUGCUGAAAAUCGCCGACUUUGGUCUGCGCACUCUCCGCGAAUCGGACGACGCUGGUGACCAGAGCGACUCCUACGCAUUCUGGCGAAAACUUCUGUGGACCGCUCCAGAACUAUUAAGGAUGAGACAUCCUCCUCCAGAAGGAUCGCAGAAAGGGGAUGUUUAUUCGUUUGCCAUAAUUGUUCAUGAGAUUGUGACCAGACAAGGGCCUUUCUACAUGGGAGAUAUCAAUCUUUCACCUAAAGAGAUCGUGGAGGGUAUCCGCAACGGGUCAGAAUGCAUGAGACCGAGCACGAGCGAGUUGACCUGUGAGGAAGAGGUGACCACACUGAUGACCAGGUGCUGGGCCGAAGAUCCCGCCGAGAGGUUCGACUUUGCCACUCUCAAAGCCGUCAUCAGGAAGCUGAACAAAGACAACGAGAGUAACAACAUCCUCGAUAAUCUACUCUCGCGUAUGGAACAAUAUGCAGACAAUCUAGAAACACUAGUGGAAGAGAGGACAUCAGAUUACCUCGAGGAAAAACGGAAGUGCGAGGAGCUUUUGUACCAACUUCUACCCAAAACUGUUGCAAGUCAACUGAUAAUGGGCCAAUCGGUAGUUGCUGAAACUUAUGAUAAUGUUACAAUCUACUUUAGUGAUAUUGUCGGGUUUACGUCGCUGUCAGCCGAGAGCACACCUCUACAAGUGGUCGAGCUCCUCAACGACCUCUACACGUGUUUUGAUUCUAUUAUAGAGAAUUUCGAUGUAUAUAAGGUGGAAACAAUAGGUGAUGCUUACAUGGUGGUGUCAGGUUUGCCAGUGCGAAAUGGCAACCUGCAUGCCCGUGAGAUAGCCAGGAUGGCACUCGCUCUGAAAAGUGCCGUGGAGAGCUUCAGCAUUCGGCACAGACCGAAAGACCAGUUGAAACUUCGAAUUGGUAUCCAUACAGGUAAAAUUUUACAAACUACUACCACACAAUUAUUGAAAAAAUAUAUACAUCCAGAUAAAGGUAAUUUUACAGAUAGAACAUUUUAUCAUGAAGUAUAAAAUAGUGCAAUC